AUGAGCUACCUAGAAAAGAGAAUCUCUUCCCAUAGCGGGUUACCCACAAGAGAAGAAGUGGAAGAAGAACAGAAAUUCGAUUUCACCCGUGGUCAAAAUUCUGAGUAUAACUAUUCUAUGUUUGGAGCUGCUGGUAGUCCCAAACAGGGCAAUCCUUGGAGUUUUAUUGACGUCAUUAACCCAAAGAAACAUGCACUAGCCUUUGCCAAAGAAUUGGAUAAUAAAAGAGGCAUACCGAUUGACAACAGCAAAGAUAAUACGGAUGAUAGUAAUGGAAGUGGUAAUACUAACAAUACAAUUACGAACACAAAUGAAUUUACAGGAGAUGGGUCAUCACAGUCAACUAUAAGAAGACUUCCAUCGGGUGCUAAACCUACUUCUACUGGGCAUACGAUUCAGGCAACGACGCCAGUCAAAUCGAGCGCUAAUAAUGCAAACCCUAAUGAACAACAAAAUUUAAGCGAUGUAGUGGGUCAGUCUACACCGUUGACUCUGGAGAAAAAUCGGAGACCUGCUACUCAAAAUUCUGACGAUGCUAAAGAUUAUGAUGGGUUGGUUAAAGAGACACAUUGGCUUCAUGAGGAAAUUGCACAGUUGAAGGAUCAAUUAUUGCGUUCUGAAUCUCAGAAAGUGGAAAAAGAUGCUAAGAUUGUAGAAUUGGGUGAAUCCUUGCAAAAUAAAUCUUCCAGUUUACAAAAUAAUCUAAGGGAAAAGGAAAAUAGUAUUAGUACUUUACAAGAUGAAAUAAAGAAGUUGAAAGAACAAUGGGCAAUUGGUAACAAAAGAAAUGAAAGUGAAAUGGACAAAAAACUACAACUAAUUCAAGAAAUGGAGCGGCGUAGUCAAGAAGCAAUUCAAGAGUUAAAACUAUCUCAUCAAAGAGACCAAGAUUCCCUGAAUGAAAAAUUGAAAAAACUGGAUACUAAUUGGCACGAAAAUUUGGAAAAUGAAAAACAAAAGUUGAUAGCAGAUAUCGAUAGUUUAGAGGCAGAAUACGAUAAUAAGACAACAGAAUUCCAAAACACUAUCAAGGAAAAAAUACAACAGUUAGAAGUAAGUGACGAGGCCCUACGUAAGAAAACACAAGAAUUAGACUCUCUUCGAAAUGAUAUGUGUAAAAAAAACGAUGAAUUGGCUAAUAAAUUGGAAGAAUUAGAAGAAGUACGGAAAAAUUUGAAAGAUAAAGAUUCUGAACUGGCUGGAAAAAGUAAGGAACUACAAGAAUUACAAUCCAAGUGCGAACAAAGGGAGCGUAACCUACAAAAUGAUUUGAAAUCUAAAGAUGAACGAAUCAACGUGUUAUCAGAUCUUUUAAAACAAAGAGAUCAAAAUAUUAGUCACAAAGAUGAACGAAUCACCGAAUUAUCAGAUCUUUUAAAACAAAGAGAUCAAGAUAUUAGUCACAAAGAUGAAGAAAAUCGCCAAAAAGUUAGGGAACUGAAAGCUCUUGAGGCCAAAUUUUCUGAGAAAAAUGAUGAAUUCUCACGGAAAUCUAAAGAUUUCGAUCUUUUACAAGAAUCGAGAAAGGAGGUAUUAAGCGCCAAGUCACAAGUGGAACAACAAUUAAGAAAGUCAGAAAUUCAAACUAAAAAAGUUGAAGAUCGUUUCCAUAGACAACGCAUGGAUUACAAUGAACAGAUUAAACAGUUGCAGCAGAGUCUUGAGGAUGAAAAGAAACGUCAUGAUAAUCUAAAGGAUAAGAUGAAAGAAGUGGAUCAAUUUGCCCAAUACAUAGAAGAUUUAGAAUUGUUCGAAAUAAAAUUGGGCAACCUCAUCGUGGAUACUUUUAAAAAAAGCCAUGAAACUAAAAAUCUCGAUCCUUUCUUUAUUGAUACUUUUAAAGACGUAAUAGGUUUCCGUACUAAGCAACAGGAUAAAUCAUUUCAAGAUUUGCAAUCUAAAAUCGACGCUCUCGAACUAAAGAAUCAAGAAUUGAUAAUUCAAAUUGAGCAUCAAUGGAAAUCAAAAGUCGAAAGUGAACAUCAAGAAUUAGAACAACACAAAUACGAAUUGGAGCAAUUACAGAAGAGGUUCAAGAAUACGGAAGAUAAGCUAGCUACCACCCAGGCCAAGUUGGAAAUUUAUCAGGAGGAGAAGUCUGUUCUUCUCAAGGAAAAGGAAUCGGUACUCCAAAGCAACGUGGCGCUCAAUGAAGAAUUUGCCAACUACAAAUCCAAUUCAUUAAACAAGGAUCAAGAAAGGUUUUUAGAACUUGUAGGGAAAAUAGAAGAACAAACAGAAUUGAUCCGCAAAUUACAAGAUGAUAUCAAGAAUUCAACUGAAACCACGGGUCAAUUGGAAAGUCAAUUGGAAAUCUUACACAAAGAGUUUGAUUCGAAAUCGUCAGAAUUAGACGAAUUGCACUCGUCAGUGUAUAAACUAAAAGGUGAUCCAUCCAGAAAGAUUACUUUUGAAGUUGCUCGUCGUUCAAGACCCGAUAUCAAUGCAAUUACUUACGAAAAUUUAAUGGUCAACAAAGUAGAUUCGAUCGAUAUGGUUGAAUUACAGAAUAUCGUUAAAAAUUUAAUCCUUUUGUUAGAUAUCCCAUUUAACAAAUUGACUAAAAAGAGUCCAUUGGUGGCCAUAUAUUUGAAGUACGAACGUCCCAUAUUUUCACAUUUUGCUAAUAGAUUACAUUACCAAAUGUUCAAUGAACCCAUUGAUAUGAAACGAUUUGCAAAUGAAGCCUACGGGCAGUAUACAGAGGAUCAUGACAUGAGAGCUAUUAAACAUCCACUACAGAGCUGUCUCGACAAUUUGUACCAGAGAUUGGUCUCCAAGAUAUGA